AUGUUCAAAGUCGCUUCUAGAUCUUUCUCGUCCUCGCCAUCUUCCGCCUUCAAGGUCGCCGUUUUGGGUGCCGGUGGAGGUAUUGGCCAACCAUUGUCGCUUUUGUUGAAGUUGAACCACAAGGUUACUGACUUGGCCCUCUACGACUUGAGAGGUGCUCCAGGUGUGGCUGCUGAUGUUUCCCAUGUGCCAACCAACUCCACCGUUAAGGGCUACGAGCCUGAGGGAUUGAAGGACGCCUUGACUGGUGCUGAUGUCAUUGUCAUCCCAGCCGGUGUCCCAAGAAAGCCAGGAAUGACCAGAGACGACUUGUUCAACACUAACGCCUCCAUUGUCAGAGACUUGGCUAAGGCUGCUGCUGAGUACGCCCCAGAGGCUGCAUUGGCUAUCAUCUCCAACCCAGUCAACUCGACUGUGCCAAUUGUGGCCGAGGUGUUCAAGUCCAAGGGUGUGUACAACCCUAAGAAGUUGUUCGGUGUUACCACCUUGGAUGUGUUGAGAGCUUCUAGAUUUGUCUCCGAGGUUGCCGGUACUAACCCAGUCAACGAGAAGGUUACCGUUGUUGGUGGUCACUCUGGUAUUACCAUUGUUCCAUUGUUGUCUCAGACUACCCACAAGGACUUGCCAACUGAGGAGAGAGACGCUUUGAUCCACAGAAUCCAGUUCGGUGGUGACGAGGUUGUUCAGGCCAAGAACGGUGCUGGUUCCGCCACCUUGUCUAUGGCUCAGGCUGGUGCUAGAUUCGCUGGUUCUCUUUUGAACGGUUUGUCUGGUGAGAAGGACGUUGUUGAGCCAACCUUUGUUGACUCUCCAUUGUUCAAGGACGAGGGUGUUGACUUCUUCUCUUCUAAGGUUACUCUUGGUCCAGAGGGUGUCCACACCAUCCACCCAUUGGGUGAGCUUUCUGACCACGAGGAGGAGUUGGUCAAGAAGGCCAAGGAGACCUUGAUUGGUAACAUCAAGAAGGGUGUUGACUUUGUCAAGCAGAACCCAUAA